AUGUCAUAUGCAACAUGCCCAAUUACUUGUGUAAACAUAAAUCAAAAUCAGAAAGAAGACCUAAUGAGAUUUGAAAUAUCUGCCAUCAGUAACUACAAGCAUUACAAAGAAAUUGAAAUACGAUCAAGGGUUCGCAUUAGCAUACUAAUUCUUUUGAUCUCUGUCUUUAUUUUUAUUACGUGCAAAUUUAGAAACUACAAAAUUAUCAUUGAAACCCUCAGCAACACGCCUCUGAUGGUUUGCCUCUUUCUUUUCAUCUUGUUCACAAUAAAGUAUUACUACAAGAAUUUGUUCAAGUCCAAAAGGUACGUACAAAACUUGAACAAAGCACUGAAAGGAUUUAACUUAUAUCUCGAUAACAAAAGUCUAAAGCUCUGUGUCAUAGGAGGUUUGCGCAAGGAGGAAUAA